UUCGCUCCCUUAUCAUCUCUUCCCCCAAUUUAUUUGUUCCUCAAUUUUCCCUAUUUUAUUUAUUUAUUUAUUUAUUUUUCAGAUUUCUCCAAACAUUCAAAAUUUAUAAGAUACAAAAAUAAAAUAAAAAAUAAUUCUGGAGCACGCCAUUCCCGUGCUGGGGAGGUCAGGAUGACGUCAUGAAGAAGAAUAAAACUUCCUCCUCCUCCGGCGGCGGCGGCGGUGGCGGUGGAGCGGAGGCGGCGGCGGCGAUGAGAGUGAUUGUGCCUUUACAGGGAGUCGUUCAGGGCCGCGGCGGCCUGGUUUUAGGUUCUGUUAUUCCCUGUGCUCUUUUAUACUUCAUCCAGCUGUAUUUCAGGAGCCGCGGCGGCGGCGGUGGCGACGGCCGUGAAAAGUCGCCGCCGGCGGCCGAGGCGGAGCAGUCUUCUCCGGCGCUGCAGAGAGUACAUUCGAGAACUCUACUUUUUUCUCGCGGCCACGCGCCGCCUCCUCACGUGUCGUCACGCGCUGCUGCGAUUGCCCAGAACUGUAACGGGCCGUACUACGCGGGUCUGGAGCGGGCCCACGACGACCCGUAUGAUGACGUGGCGAACCCCGACGGCGUUAUCCACCUUGCCUUGAGUCAUAACACGUUGGUGUCGGAUUUGGUGGGAGAAUGGGUGGCGGAUCACUGUGCCGAAUCGUUGUUUGGCCAGGAAUUGAACAUGAGUGACGUGGCUGCAUAUCAGCCGUUCGAUGGCUUGAUGGAGUUGAAGAUGGCUACGUCUCGGUUCAUGUCCUGGCACACUGGAAAGGGUCGAUUUUUCGACCCGGAAAACAUUGUUCUCACAAGUGGUGCAGCCCCGGCAGUCGAGAUGCUCGUUUUCUCUCUAGCUGAUACCGGGAACGCCUUCCUUGUGCCAUCGCCAUAUUGUCCCGAUUUAGACGAAGUCAAAUGGCGAACGGGAGUCGAGUUCAUACCGGUCCCUUGUCGAAGAACCGACGCCUUCGCCAUAAGCAUUAAUGCGCUCGACCGCGCAUUCAACCAAGCCAAAAAUCGUCGACAAAAAGUCCGUGGGAUCAUCAUAUCCAACCCGUCGAAUCCAGCUGGCGUUCUCCACAGCCGCGAAGUCCUCGAGACCCUCCUCGACUUCGCGACAGAGAAAAACAUCCACAUAAUCUCGAUCGAAUCUGUUCUCGCGAGCGAAGAAUUCGUCAGCAUGACAGAAGUCGCCGAAGACGUCGACAAGACCCGGGUCCACAUCGUCCACGCGCUAUCGAACGAUCUAUCCGUUCCGUCGCUAGCGACGGAAUUCAUCUACACUUGCAACGAGACCGUUCUCGCCUCCGUAAAAAAACUCGCUCGAUUCUCGUCAGUCUCCGUUCCGACCCAACGAGUGCUUACAUCGAUGCUCUCGGAUACGAAAUUCGUCGGCAAUGCCGUUAAGGUCACCCGGGAACGGAUUAGGAGAAUGCGCGCGGGAUUGGCGCACGGGUUGCGGAAAUCGGGAAUCGAGUGCGUCGGGAGCGACGGGGGAUUGUAUUGCUGGGCGGAUAUGAGCCCGUUGAUUCGGUCGUAUAGCGAGAAAGGAGAAAUUGAAAUGUUCGAUAGGUUGUUGAGCGUGGCAAAGAUUAAUGCGGUUCCGGGAUGUUCUUGUCAUUCCGUCGAGCUUGGAUGGUUCGGGUUUUGCUUCGCGUCGUUGCGCGAAGAGGACAUCGACAUCGUUCUUCGACGAAUUCGAACAGUUUCGGAUGCCGGUAGAUCUCCUAGGUAAGUUCUAUUUGAUGCUAAAUUCAACUGAUCGGAAUUUGUUUGGGUUUUCGGACAUUGUACGAGGUUGAUCCGAUUGUAACGGAUUUUUGUAACAACGCCCGAAGUAUACAAAUCAUAUUUGUUCAUAGAACAUAGUAGCUUCCUUUCAGCCGAAUGUAACUUUUGGGUUUUGUCGUACAUUUUAUUGAUUAAUGAAAAUAUAA